CAUGGAGGCACUUGAAAGCUAUCUUAUAUCAUCCAACCGACGAAGCUUCAGACUCUUUAAAAACUUGUUCGUGUUUUGUGAUGGCUAACGACCAUUGGAGUUUCUCUGUUUGACUCACAAGGUAAUAUGCCUCAAAUCCGUUUCAGGUUCAACAAUAUUAGAGGUACACAGAGUUGGUGUAAUGUUUGUUGUUGAUAUACAUCCUUACGGUUUUGAAGAAUCCCUUAAGAAGGUUGUUCACAUGGGUUGCUCUGCAAAUUUUUCUAUGGAUGGAGUGACAAAAAGAUAGAAGAAAAAGUCAAUGUCUGUAAAAGUUUAGGCUUUGGUGAAGGGAAUGUUCAAGAAGUUACCAAACUCUCUGAAACUAUCGGAGAAGAAGAUAUUGAAGUCCAUUGAAACAUUUCUUGGCUUAGGAUUUAUGAGUUUGUGAUGAUGGUUAAACGCUUUCCUCGGUAUCUUGCUUUAUCUGAAGAUUAUAGAGUUUCUAGUGAAAGCUCUCAAGUCCAAUGGAUUGCUAGGAAAGAGAGAAAACAAAUCCAUAUUCGAAUAGAAGUGGAGAAUAGGGAAGUUUGUGUCUGGAAAACAGAGGGUUUGGGCUCUAAAGAUUAAAAUGGAAACUUCUGGAUUAAGUAGAGUCUCUCAUAAUAGAUGGAAUGGAAUAAAAAAGCUUUUUUCUUGAGAGCGUCCAAAACCUAAUUUCUGAAGUUUGAAAGAAUGACGACAAUGGUAGAGAAGAUACUCUCUGAGAGGGUUCCGAUGACAUCUCUGAGAGCAAUACGUUCUACUUGCAAAAAGUGGAACACUUUAUCCCAAAAUCAGAUUUUUGGCAAAAAGCAACUGCAGCAAGCAAGCAGUUUAUAGGGUUUAUAAUGAUGGAUUUUAGGGUUUGUUCAUUGGAAUUCGAUCUCCAAGGAAUACGAAACAAUGGAGACUACGUUGAUCCAUCUAUAAAGCAAGUAAGUAAACUCGAUCGAAUCGAUGUAUCUCAAGUCUUUCCCAGAUUCAAGGCUUCUGAUUCGUAGCUUUCACAGGCAAGUUUUCUUUGAAGAUAGAAGGAAAAUGUCUUUUGUUCAACCAACGGGUUUUUCUGGAGUAUUGCUGUCGUCUAAACCAGAAGAAUUGUGUUCAAAGAUUGAUGCUUUUGGAAAUGUUGUUGAGGAUCUCGUCUCUGAGAAAUCUGUGGAAGCAAUAGAUGAGUGUACUGCAGCAAUUGAGAAUUUUUCUUUCCCCGGGGACUUCGUGCAGUAUGUGAUUAAUGGAAUCCAUGAACUCACAGGCUUCAAUUGGUGGAUGUUGAUUGUUCUUACGGCUUUUCUGGUUAGUGUACUGAUGUCACCAGUUUCUAUGCGGGUUCAGAAACAAGCUCUGGAACUACAAGGAGUGUACUUUUACAUGAUCACAUCUAGAAUCUAUGUCUCCACAUUAUACCUGAAUAUUCACGUAAAAAUGGUCUCGGAGCAGCAAAGAAUCAUGGCGAGAUUGAUAAGUCUGAUGAGAGAAUUUAUUGACGUGGUGAAGAAGAAAGACAGGAAGUGAAUCUUCUUUUGCUUUCUUAGUCUCUCUGUUUUUGUCUUUGAAUCAAAUUUGACUUGAAUACUCUGUUUUGUACAUACAACUUAUUGUAGCUAUUUUGAACCAUCUCUUAAGGCAGACUUGACCUAGAAACAGCAA